CUGCGCAGUACAUUUGCGUGCUCAAUGUUUUUGUUUUAGCUGUCCUACUGCUGUUGCUGUUGGGAAGUGAACUCAAAAUGGAAAUGACGUGGUCGACAGUUUGUGUUCUAUUACUUUUUUUUGUCUCAGCAACUCGCACAGAGACGUCGAAUAGACAACUGAAUACGGAAAACAUCCUAAUCAAUGUCACAGCGGGGACACUGGCAGACACACAGCUGCAAGACUCUAACAACUUACAGAUAAAUUUAAACAUAUCAGUGAGUGAAGAGCAGGUGCUGGUCAAUGACGUCCCAGUGGAGCUGUCAGGGGUCACUAGGUUCAACUGCCAAGCGCUUCUUUUGGACAGUGUCAAUGGGAGCAGUGAGUUUGAGUCUGGGGACAUAGUGUCCACUGUUACCCGGGUGAUGGUGAGCCAGAACAGGCUGUACAGUGACUCAGAGGAGGUGGUGGCUCUUCAGGUCUUCAGUGAAGUGAUAGAGAUGGAUGGCAAAGAGGUCCAGCAGCCUGACAUGUGUGAGGUGAAAAUACUGAUGAGCCCAGACUUCCAGAAGCUGGCCCAGUUUACCAACAUCUACCCCAUUGGACACAGUGAUAUCUUUAGGGUUCCCAGAGAAAAUGAUGUGGUUGUCACAGAUCCACCAAAUUCUAGAAAAGAUGAAGAGCAGCUGAUCUCUCAGACCACAAGCCAGUAUCCUCUGAAGCACACAGAGACCACCCGGGAAGAGAUUGCAUCCCCCGGAAAACUCCCAGAGACCCCCCUGCGUAUGGACCCUGACCUCCUGUAUGAUGUCAGAUAUGAUGAUGAACUUGAUUACACUUACCCGAGCCAGCCUGAUCAGAAUCAAAUGGAAACUCCACCCAAGGAACUUAUUUCUUCUUACUCUGCCAUGUGUCAGUGGGUAGAGCAAGCCAGGGAGCGUCUGCGGCGCUUCUGUUCCGAAUCCCUGCCUCUCUUCUUCCUGGUCAUGUGGGUGGUCGUGAUCGGCGUGGUCGGAUCAGCCGUCAUCGUCAAGAUCUUAGAUGUGUUUUUCCCAAUUUGUGAACAUAAGCGCAUUUUUAAUGUAAACUCUGUCCCUGUGAUGCCAGAGGAUGAGAAGCACAAUCUCCUGGAGAACAUAGAAGUAGAAGCAGAGGAAGAAGCGAAGAAGCCUUGAGUGAGGAUCAUCUUGACCGGCUCCUCCAGUUUGUUCCUAUUUGUUGUUUAACCUGCGGUUUGGCAUGGCCCGGUUUUGUUCUGAUCUGUGAAUCACCACAGCUUUUCCUGUCACUUUACUCUUUCCUGGUCUUUGUGAAUCUUUUCAUCAGCCAACAUAAGCUCAUUUAAUGUUAGCUUAUACAAGUCCUGCAGAAUGGAGAGUAAAGUGAGAGAUUUAUGGUGUUGAAUGUCAUGAUGCAAUGAGAUUAAAGUAUGGAAGGCUUACGGUUACCUUACCAGCAUCUGCUUUCAGCACAUUGUGCAGAGAAUCUGCAACAGUGACCACUUUUGCUUUACCCACACCCAAAACAUGUUUAGCUGGCAUGCAGUUAACAAAAACAAUGUCCAAGAUUCAAGGGAUUAUCAGAUGAGCUGAAGCUCUGCUUUUUGAGAAACAUUUUGUUUUUGUUUUUUUAAGUCAUUUUAGCUGAAGGUCAAAGGAAAAGACUGAUACCGCUCUCCAGCUGCUGGUCUUGGCACCCAUGUUGGCAGUGCUUUAGGAAGGUGUUUUGAAGCUCCCAUCUAAAUGAAUGGUAAGACCCUCCCAAUAUUAUUUAUAAUGUCCAUCAGGACAAAAACUGGAAAAGGCCUUUUUGGUAAUAACAUGACAUAACAGCUCUUAUAUAAACUCAAACCGUUCAAAGUUUACUCUCCUUCCUUUGUUUCGGUAAAACUAACUGUUAGCUGCAAGGUUAACAUGAUCAACCCAGUUUCCUGAUGGCAGAGCUGUGCAGACACAGUGUAUAUGGGCAUAAAUACAAAUGAUUACAUUAACAUAAGUCAUUGAAAUUUCACCACCAGGGAGCAGUGUUUUAUCAGUGGGUGUUUAGAAAUGUUUUUGAAUGUAAACUUCUUUACUUUUGGUAAUUCUAUUUCUGCCAUAUCCCUGUUUUCGCAAGUAGCUUUGCUUUUCCCGGUUUGAUAUUGUUGAUAAGAAUGUGCUCCUAGUGACUUUCCUGGUUGGCUCACUGCACCAUCUUGUGGUACAAAUUGGUAUUACACAAAAGUAUAACCUUUAGCCUUUGUAUCAGAUCUGCUCCAAAGCUCAAGACCAAAGCAGUUUUAUAUGGUCUACAUCCUCAGAACUGUUACUAAAUGGACCAUUUAUCCUGUUUAGUUCAAGUUUACGUAUCACUAAAAGUUUUCAGCGCAGAAUAAAAAGCUAGAUGCUGUGGGGUUAACCUAUAAAUAUGGACAAACUGAGAAUUUUAGAACCAGAUCCAAACACUUCAGAGUUCCCUUAAAAAAACUUUGUGUAUGUAGCAGUUCUUUACAGGUCACACAUUUGUUUGCUUUGUGUAUAUAUAUAUUUUUUUUCUCCAAAAUCAUUCACCUACAGCUGAAAAAAAUGAAGACAGCUCUAAAUGCAUUAAAUGUAUUUAAAAGUAAAAAGAGGCAAAGACACUUGCUUAAAUCUGUUGAAAUGUCUAAAAAGACAAAGCUAAGCAGAUUACUGCGUCAGAGUUUCUGUUCUGUCUGUCGCUACUAAAAAACCUCUUCCUUUGACUCGACAUUACUGACGUUCAUCUGUUAAUUGUCUUUUUUUUUUCACUGUGCCUCAGUUUGUUUGUUUUUUAUAAGGAUUCUAUCAUGAGAAGAAUUACUAUGUGGUCUACUUUAAUCAGUACUGUUUGUGGCUUCCUGUUACUAAUAUUGUAGAAUGUCAGUGAAGCUGUUCAGAAUGUCUAUGCACCUUCUCUAUAUAUAAACUACGAGCGGACUGAUACAGUCCAAGACUGAAACACAAUUCUUGUUCAAAGAACGAAUCUGCAUGUCCUCACUAUCACUUCAGUGGCCUGUGCUACAGAGUAGCUGUUCUUUUCUGAACUUGGGCUAAGCGACGCCACAAUCUGGCUAAGCAGUCACACAAAGGUGGUUAUCAACUGCAGAAGUUACCCCCAGUUUCCCAUCUAUCCGUGUGUGCGUUCACAUAACAGAGGAAGUGCUGAUCUCAAACAUUACCUGCUCCAGAGCAGGUUAAGUGUUCAGCAUGUUCAGCAGGUUUAGUUGACCUUGCGAAGCUUUAAUCAUGCUUUGCAGUACAGCCCUCUCUGAUGUUUGGCAGUUCUAGGUGUGAAGGAUCAAACGGCUCAACGGGCUGUCGGUGAAAAACCUGCGUUUUCAUUCAUCAUAAAUUCACAAACCACAUUUUCUUUUUUUUUCUUUUUUGUUUGUUUGUUUUUUUAUGUGCGAGGGUGUUAUUUUACUAUUGGUCAUGCUUUUUCAAAGACAUCCCAAAAGAUCAGCUUGUAAUGUCAUGAUUUUCUCUCCCUAGGGCUCAGUUAAACUGCAGUAUGCAUGAUAUACUGCGUACAACGAAAAGGUGCAUGCAUAGUGUAGCUAGUGAGUAGAGUUUGCUGCUCCAUCAACAAGUUUUCCAUUAAAAAUAGGAAAGUGCAUGAUGACUUAAAACAGUGUUGGAAUCUGCCUCAUGUUGUGCAACAGAAUGCUGUACGCAACACCUAGUUGGUUCAGAGUUAAACAACAAAUGUUUUAAUUUGGUCUUUGAUACAUCAGCGUGAUAUCUUUUUUUGGCAUCUGUGUGCAUACAUUGUAUGAAUUACAGCUGGACUGUGUAUUUGGGUCAGAAAUCAUGCUAAUUAAAAGCUUUCCUUACAACCAUCACAUGGA